CUGAUGGAACAAAGGCCGCGGCCUAGCCGGUUGCGUGACAGUGAAUGCCGGGAGGCCCGGCCCCGUGAGGCAGCGUUUGGCUGUUGUCGCUGGCUGAGCUGGCGCCGCGCCCGAAGGCCUGACGCUGCUCUUUGCGGCCAGGCCAGGGAGACGACCGGCUCUCCCUGUGUCUGAAAGUUCAGCCUGCGUGCAAUUCAGCACCGAGGGCAAGGGCCCGGUAUGAGGCCCGGCUUCCCGGAUCCCGGCGGUGAGAGUUGGCGGGAGAGACGCCUUCAGUUCGGGGCUGGAGUGGAUACAAUGGAACAACACCUGCACUGCUUAAACUGUGUAAGCCGGCGCUGUAUGGUCCGGCUGGAGGAGAACGUGUCCUGCGACCUGAUUGGCUGCCCCUUGGUAUGUGGUGCGGUCUUCCAUUCCUGCAAAGCAAGUGAACACCGCCUACUGUGCCCCCUCGAGCGGGUACCAUGCCUUAACAGUGAGUUUGGCUGCCCGUUCAUCAUUGCACGGAACAAGCUCGGCGAGCACCUGGAGCUCUGCCCCGCUAGUGUCGUCUGCUGCACGAUGGAGUGGAAUCGCUGGCCAGUCAGCUACGCUGACCGCAAGUCGUAUGAGAGCCUGAGCAAAGACUGCGAUGGGGUAGAGCAGCUGGAUAUGGCAUUGGCCCUUCAGGACCAGAGGAUGCUGCUGGAAUCACUCAAAGUGGUAACUACUGCCUCAAACACAGCUGCUAAACCAUUCCGAAAUGUGGAGCAGGCUCCUGUUGUCCCAGGGUUGAGGGAUGAAGCUCCCUCCAGCAGCUUGCUGUCUGCCAAUGAAGAGGCCUACAGUGAACUGUAUCGGGCAACAGUUGAAACCACAAGGACUUUAGCAGUGGCCCUUGACCUCUUGAACAACGCUGCUAAAGAGCCGGAAGAGUCGGUGAACAGUCAAUUGCCUGAGGAGUGGGCUGAAAGAGAUGGAGAUGUUCAGGCUGCUGAGGAGGAACGAGAGGAUAGUGAUCUCCAAAGAACUGUUGCAGGAAGAGGAGCAGAGGGUAGCACAGAGCAUGGAUCUGUGGUGGGGGGUCUGCCGUGGAGAGACUGGGGUUUGUAUGUGGAGGAGAAUGGGCUUCAUGCAUUGUCGGGCAUGGUGACUGGAGCAGAUGAAGGAGGUGGAUGCAUUCAGGUAAAGACAAGUUCCUUGUGCAAUGGUUUCCACGAGGCAGAAGUGGAUACUUCCAUGUUGGAUCCACAGGAAAUCGACUCGUAUGAUAAUGACCAGCCAGCAGAAGAGGUGAUGAAUGGCUCAUAUCAUGUAAAUGACAUUGACGAUGGUGGCAGCCCUUCGGAACCUGAUCACUUCUUGCCUGUGUUCGCACAGCUGCUGACUGUGGAGAGCUUGUUGAAUGCGGACCGUCUCCAGGAGGGGCCCCUGCUUUCUGAUGCUUGUGGAGUGGGAAGGAUAGCUGGUAGGUGUGGGGAGCGUCAGGUGUUGAAAAAUGCCACCACAUUCAAGCUGUUUGAAGGACACAAUGGUCGUCGGGCAUACCUGGGUGAUGCAAAUUGGUACAGAAGGAAAAUGGAAAGCAAAGCAGUGGAUACGUCGGAUUUGGAGGUAGAUGAUGACCCUCUGGAACUUCAGGGGAUUGACCUGAUCACUGCUGCUUUGUUGUUCUGCUUGGGAGACUCUCCUAGUGGUAGAGGGAUUUCAGACAGCCGCAGUGUUGACGGAAGCCACAUUGAUUUGGGCACGCAGACUUUCUCCUUUCCAGCAGCCAUUUUAGCUACCAAUACCAUGGUGGGAGAGAUUGCUUCAGCAUCUGCAUGCGACCACGCAAACCCUCAGCUGUCCAACCCGAGCCCCUUCCAGACCCUUGGGCUGGACCUAGUCCUGGAAUGUGUGACCAGGCACCAGAGCAAGCAGCGGUCCAUGUUCACUUUUGUGUGUGGUCAGUUCUUCAGGAGAGACGAGUUCCCGUCACACUUCAAGAAUGUGCACGGGGACAUUCACGCUGGCCUUAAUGGCUGGUUAGAACACAGAUGCCCUUUGGCCUAUUAUGGCUGCACCUACUCUCAGAGGCGUUUCUGUCCUUCCACUCAGGGCUCUAGAGUCAUUCACGACCGGCACCUGAAAUCCUUUGGAAUCCAGCCGUGUGUGCCAUCCAUUUUGUUGGACACACCAGAGUGUCGGACUCCCAGCACAGGAUUGGCAGUGGAUCAACUGAGCAGACUGCCCUUUGAGAUUUUGCAGCACAUAGCUGGAUUUCUAGAUGGGUUCAGUUUGUCUCAGCUCUCAGAAGUUUCACAUUUAAUGAGGGACGUGUGCGGGAGUCUGCUGCAGGUCCGGGGAAUGGUUCUGCUACUCUGGGAAAAGAGGCACAACGUUCAUGGACAUACUUCUUGGAAAACAAAAGGCAAGGCCUGGCGAUUCAGCACUGCCUUUGGCACGGUUAGUGAGUGGAAGUUUGCAGAAAUUGCUAGCAUGGCCGACCACCUGAAAGACUGUCGCUACAACACAGUGGAGAGGACUGGGGAGGCUGUGCCAUUACCCUGCAUGUGUGUGACACGGGAGCUCACUAAAGGGGGACGGCCUUUACGUUCCGUCCUGAAAGCAGUUCUCUAAUCUCUUUGCUCACUGACAAUGUACUGCAAACAAUUCUAAUCUUAAAUAUGAUCCGUCAACUUUGUAUACAACUUAUUUUGCUUUGUGAAAUUUAUUUUUGUAGUACAGUAACCUGUGCUGUUGUAAUCAAGGCAAUGAAAAGGUCUUGAAAGAAACAUUGAACUUAUGGACGUUUUGUGAGUGGAAACCUCUCCUUCCUGGAGUCUUCCAUUUGUACAUACAAUUUCCUGCAUGGAUCUUGCCUUUAAAACCUCUUGCAAUUUUAUCCCUCCCCUCAGCAAUUGUAAACCCUUGUGAAUGUCGGACAUAUGAAGGAGGUACAGUAUUUAUCGUCAUUUUUGUGUCCUGAUUUAAAUAUGGCAACAUCAGUUAUUUAGCAAGUCAAAUAUACACUCAGCUCACAUAGGAAUGAUAUUCUGGUGUGAGUUACAACUUGAGCAUAUUGACUUUAGGAAUAUUGAAUUAUAGUACAGUGAGCUAGCUUUUGCAAAACACUGUUAUACCUCACACUGAUCAAAGCUAAGGCAAAGUGCAGUGGAUUCAUAGUACCUAUACAGUUUUGCCACUUUUUGCACUUUAGUUUUAGUCUCAUUUUAACUAGCUCACCAAAUGGUUAAUGGAUUCAUAUCUAUAUUUUCCCGCUCAGUGGUUCUUGCUCUCCUUGUUAACUUUCUGCCUUUACAAGUAUUACCUGUGAAGUUUGACAGUUUGAGAGAAAAUGGGCAAGUUUCUUUCAAACUAUUAUCUGAGGGCUAUUUCCAGUCUUCCAACAUGAAAGGGCUGUGCUGUGUGAAUCUUAAAUGACUAAUUCCAUCAUCGAAGAAGCAAAAAUCACUUGAAAGAAGGCAUAGUACUCAGCUACUAAAGUAUUGUCGUUAUACUUCUGAAUGCAUUUCCCUUUGAAUUUUUUCUUCAAGAAAAAAAUUCUAGAUUUUGUUUUGCCCAAUUUUGUUUAUACAUAUUGCAAAAAAAAAAUCUCCAUAAGCCUUGGCAUGUGAGACUCCUAUUGCACAAGGUGUUGAAAUAGCCUCAUUUUAUCCAAAUGCCUUUUCACCCAGGUGGUCUUCAGUGUGUGGGGUGGGGGGGAGGGGUGGAAUAGAGAAAUGAUAUAAGGACUACAAUGGGUGUUGUGGAAGUCUGUGAAUCCAAUUUAAUGGCUGCUGUACACAAGAGUAUUAGUGGCUCUCAUUUGUAAAAUCUGGAUGGCACUGCUCUGUAAAGCUCAGUUCCCUUAUAAGCUGCUGCCUUAAUUUCUGUAAACACUUUGAGGGAAGUACUGUAUGUAGAUUGGUGCUAACAUUUAUUUACCAGCUCUAUCUGUGCUCCAGAAUACAAGUUUGCACAUAUUCGGCCAACUUUUGAGAAGGCAUUAAGUUACUCUUUAUGAACUUCAUUUAAAUUUUAUCUUCGGUUGUUUGCAGGGUGAGGAGAUACUAUUAAUAACAGCAUUUAUUGCCUGAGCACCUUCAUUGAAUCAUUUAUUGAUGUGUUCAUUAAAAAUCUACUUGUUCUUGGUGGUAUGACAACUGUCAAUAAAAUCAUGUUGCAGCAAGUACAUGUAUCUCUUAGAAAAGUCAUCCAAAUGAAAAUGUUCAAAAUAAUGGCACACAGGUUUGAGCCUGGUCAUCUGACCAAAAGGAAGUCAAAGGAAUGGAUCAAGGCAGAGAAAUCUCUUGUAAACUUCAUGGAGCCUAGCUUACAGGACCCUGGGGUUGAUAUGGUAGCUGCCCUCGCAGGUGUCUGAUCUUCCAGACGAAGAAUACAAUGAAUUGCUUGAAGAAAAAGACAAUGGAAUGGAAUGCUUGAAUUGUGAAAUUCUUGUGCAUGAGCAUGUUUAAUUUAUGUAAUGGUAAAAAGAAUGAAAUGAUUUUUUUGCAUUAAUACCUGUUUCUCCAAUGUGUGUAUAUUUUAUUGCUGCAUAUUAAAGAAUACACUACACAUUUUGAUCCUUUUUUGAUCUCCGAAAGCCCUUGCUUGCAGUUGUGUACACAAGCAAUAAUUCUAUCAUUUUGGCUGCCUUGUUUUUUUCAUUCAUAGCUGCCCAAACCCCCACCCUCUCAAUGCACAAGUUGAAAGAUUGGUUCAAUAACACUGUAAUCAUAUCCAUUACCAUUUAGUUAAACUUUGCACUGGGUCUACCCAUAUUUACUAUGUUAGUGUGUACACUUUGAAUCCCAUGUGUCUGAAAUAUCACCUGAGCCCUUGUGUACUUAUCUGCUGUGGGAAUAAAUGGCAUUGAAGAAUCACACUAAAUUCUCUGAUACAAUUAUGAAAAGUUUAAAUUAGCAUUUGCGUGAAACUUCACUUUACUACACUCUGAGGUUUGGAAUGGCAGGAGUUUCUGCUGAAUGAAUUCUCCCCAAUCUCCUGCUUUUUCAAUGCUACACUAUGUUGAGCUUUUGUACUAAAUGCUGGAUUUCAUUUUAAACUGCAAGAAUUUUAAUAAAAGUGUCAUUUUUAUUAACCA